AUGCCCGUCAAGCCCGUGUCCGACCUCUCAGAGUUCCACCAGAUCAUCGCAAAGGACACGUACACCGUGUUCGACUUCUGGGCGGUGUGGUGCGGCCCGUGCCGGCUCAUCAGCCCGAUCUUCGAGAGGCUCUCCGAGCAGUUCGCCGGCGUCGAGUUCUACAAGGUCGACGUCGACGCCGCCGAGGCGAUCGCCCAGGAGCUCAGCAUCCGCGCCAUGCCGACGUUUGCGCUCUUCAAGAACGGCCAGAAGGUCAAGGACGUCGUCGGCGCGAACCCCGCCGCGCUGCAGGUGCGUGUAGCU